AUGUCGGAACUUUCACAAGUCUCGGACCCAGAACCUUCACAUAACUUUCUUGCUAGCUGUGUCUGGUUCUUGUGGCGCCUGGUCGUGCGUCUCAUUAGUUCUAUCACCUACUACUUCUUUUCUCUCUUGAGUAAGCGGCUUAACGUCACACUCAAGGUAUCUUCUCUACUCUUUAUCUUUAUCCUCUUUGCUCUAGUAAUAUGGGCCAUUAUUCGCUACCGUUACUUGACUACUUACUCCCGGCUUCCACCAGAAGUCCUGCGGCAAGAACCUAAAAUUGAUCUUUUCAUGGACUCAAGCCCAGACCAAGACUCCAAGUCGGGCUUUUCCACUUAUCUGGAAGACUUCUUCAGUGCAAUCAAAAUUUUUGGAUACCUUGAGCGUUCUGUUUUUCACGAACUAACCCGCCAAAUGCAAACUUACAAGCUUGAGCCCGGCGAGGUUUUCCCCAUGAAUGGCGAAAAUGACUUCUCUGUCGUUGUUGAUGGUACCCUUCAAAUCUUUACAAAGUCAAAGAACCCUGACCUUGCAAGGCAUUCGUCGACCGGGUCCACCACCAUAAAUGGAGAAUCAUAUGAACUCGUCAAUGAAGUGAAACGAGGAGCUCCAGUCUCUUCUCUUUUCACUGUCUUGCUUUUGUUUACAGAUAGCCUUAAAGCAUCGUCAAAUGACCCUGCCCGCACUCAGCAAUUUAAUGCGUCCGCAACCACUCUUAACCAAAAUUUGUCACAAGAUUUCAUCUCAGAUACAUCUUCGUCCUCAGACGGGUUGCUAUCGUCGCCUUCUAGAAUGAACCUUUCCGACGCCCAAAUCCCCAUGGAUGCUGGUGACGCCGCACGCUUCCGGUUCCACCUGGCUGGUACGGUUGCACGCGCCGUUGAGGAAACCACAAUUGCAAUGAUACCCAAGCGCACAUUCCAUAAACUUGUCUCAAAGUACCCCAAAUCUACAACCCAUAUUGUUCAAGUUAUAUUGACGCGCCUUUCUCGUGUCACAUUUCAAACAGGUCACAACUACCUGGGCUUGACUCCGGAAAUUUUCGAAACUGAAAUUAUCUUAAAUAACCGCGCAACAUAUGAGCUUCCACCUUACCUUCGUGACCUUGCAGUUAAGGGUAUUAAUGAGUACCUGGAGGCACAUCCAGAUAGCAAGGAAGAAAGUUUUGUUUAUCUUGCUAAGGACAAGUCUUCACGAUACAACAUUCCAAACUAUUCCAAUGCUCAAUCGCGUCAAGUCAGCUUACAACUUAAUCGAUCGCAUCCAGGUGACUUACUGAGCAAUGUUCCACUCUCUCGUACAGAUUCUUCUUAUCUUCAACCUGAAAAUUUUGGUAUUCCUUCCAAAAGAAUCCCCUUUUCUGCUGAUGAAGAAACUGAAGACUCGGCUCUUCGUGUGGCCGUCACGGAGUGCAUUUUUAAAGUUCUUGGUUUAGACAACCAGGGAUUAAAAACUGAAGAUUACACUUCUGUUGCAGCUAGCCCAAUGAUGUCGGCUGUUGAUGAUCGCAAUAUUAGACAUCACCGCAAUUCUUUUAGUAACGUUAUUACCAAUCUUUCCAAAAUUGAGGACUUGAGAUCGGUUAAUGAUGACGAAUCUGUUUCUUCUGUUAAUCUUUCUUCACAUGAAAAUGCUCAGAUUGAAGCUGCAAAGGAUUUGGAAAUCAUCUAUUACAAACCUGACAGCAUUCUUGUUGAGCAGAAUGGUGAGUCCCAUGGUCUUUUCUUUGUCAUUGACGGUAUUCUCGAUGUCGGCUACCGCGAUAAACACAACAAAUAUCAUGAAUUAUACACUGUAAAGCCCGGAGGACUUGCUGGCUUUAUUGCAUCCGUUUUAUCUUCCAGGUCCUUUGUCGAGGUACGUGCCAAAACUGGAGCUUAUGUUGGCUUUUUGCCUCAAUCUACCAUUGACCGCAUUUGCGAAAAAUACCCAUUGAUUUUAUUGGGUAUGGCCUAUAUGCUCACCUCAAGUUUGUCAGAUUUGAUGAUUCUUCUUGACUUUGCUCUGGAAUGGGUCCAAAUCCCCGGCGGCCACAUGUUGUUUAAUGAGGGCGACCCGGCGGAUUCAAUAUACAUUGUACUCAAUGGUCGGUUAAGAUCUUUUGUGCGCGAGGGAACUAAUUUGAAGGUUCAUAGUGAAUAUGGUCAAGGUGAAUCUAUUGGUGAACUUGAGGUCUUGACGGCCUCCAAAAGACCUUACAGCUUGCAUGCUAUUCGUGAAACAGAGCUUGCCAAGUUCCCACUUACUCUUUUUGAAAAUCUUGCAAAGCGGCAUCCAUCUACUACUAUUGAGAUUUCCCGAAUUGUGGCAUCUCGAGUGCUUAAUAGACUAGGUGCUCCGUCACUUGAAGGCUACGAGGCUCCACCUUCAACCAAUUUCCGUACUGUUUCUAUUAUCCCCAUUACUGAAGGACUACCAGUUUCCGAGUUUGCCACCAAACUGUUUACUUCAUACAAGGAUAUUGGCCACCAGGUAUUUUCACUAAACAUCGCCACAGUGCUUCACAAACUAGGUCGUAACGCAUUCAACAAGAUUGGUGGCCUCAAACUAUCAGGAUAUUUGGCAGAUCUGGAAGAACGGUACCAAACAGUCAUGUAUGUUGCAGAUGUGUCAGUCUCCUCACCUUGGACUCACACAUGCAUUGCGCAAGCUGACUGCAUCUUAUUGCUCGCAGAUGCAUCUGCCCAACCUGAUGUGGGCGAAUUUGAAAGGUUGCUGGUAACGAUGAAGACCACAGCUAAGACAGAGCUCAUCUUUUUGCACCAUGACCGAUAUGUUGUACCUGGCUCAACGGCCAAGUGGCUGAAAAACCGCAUUUGGGUUAAUUCGCAUCAUCAUGUGCAAAUGGAUUUUGCACGAAAUAUGGAUGACAAUGAGAGCCAGCAGGUAUAUGGACGUCUUUCUGUGAUCCGCAGCAAGGUCAAGCAUAUACAAUCGGAGCUUAUUACUAAAUAUCGCCGGCGAGGAAUGCCAGUGUAUGCAAAUAAUUAUGUACACAAGAGCGAUUUUGCGCGGUUGGCACGUAUUUUAUCAGGCCAAGCUGUAGGACUUGUGCUUGGAGGUGGUGGUGCGCGAGGAAUCUCGCACAUUGGUGUGAUUCGGGCGCUUGAGGAAAGUGGAAUACCCAUUGACUAUGUUGGAGGAACUUCGAUUGGAUCGUUUGUGGGCGGACUUUAUGCUCGGGACUACGACAUGGUUCCAAUCUACGGGCGGGCCAAGCAAUUCGCAAGCCGUAUUUCGAGCUUGUGGCGCAUGGUGUUUGAUCUUACAUACCCGGCAACAUCCUACACUACGGGACACGAGUUUAACCGAGGCAUUUGGAAAGCGUUUGGCGAGUCGCAGAUUGAGGAUUUUUGGCUGCGGUACUUUACUAACACUACCAACAUUACCCACUCGCGCAUGGAGAUCCACCAGUCCGGAUACGCCUGGCGCUAUAUUCGAGCGUCCAUGUCGCUGGCCGGGCUGUUACCACCAUUGACCGACAAGGGCAGCAUGUUGCUGGACGGUGGGUACGUUGACAACUUGCCUGUGGAGCAGAUGCGGUCCUGGGGUGCCAAGUAUAUAUUUGCGGUGGACGUUGGAUCGAUUGACGACACGACGCCCAUGACAUAUGGCGACACCUUGUCAGGGUUAUGGGUUUUGAUGAACCGAUGGAACUUUUUCUCACGACACCCCAACGUGCCUAACCUUGCGGAAAUCCAACAACGGUUGGCGUAUGUGUCAUCUGUGGGGGCACUGGAAAAGGCCAAGGCAGCACCAGGGGUGUAUUAUUUGCGACCUCCGAUUGACAACUAUGCGACUUUAGAUUUUGGCAAGUUUGAUGAAAUUUACCGAGUAGGCACGCUCUACGGACACCAGUAUUUGUACGAUCUGAAACGUCAGGACAAGUUUCCACAGAUUCCAGGAGCAGGGCUUUCUAAGGGGAAGCCAAGAAAGACGUUGAAUCGUCGUAAUUCUAUUUAG